AUGGGGUGGGGGUUCCCUGGAAAGCAUCUCCUGGGGGUAGGGGGUUGCAGGGUAGGUUAUGGGAAAGUGGAGUGGGUUGCAGAGGUAGGUUAUGGGAAGGUGGAUCGGGUUGCAGGGGUAGGUUAUGGGAAGGUGGACUGGGUUGCAGGGGUAGGUUAUGGGGAGGUAGAUCGGGUUGCAGGGGUAGGUUAUGGGAAAGUGGAUCGGGUUGCAGGGUUAGGUUAUGGGAAAGUGGAUCGGGUUGCAGAGGUAGGUUAUGGGAAGGUGGAUCAGGUUGCAGGGGUAGGUUAUGGGAAGGUGGAUCUAAGUUGUUGUGGAGCAUAUGGAGUUCGACAUCGGACCGAGAAGGACCAUCUAGCCAUGCCCAUGUCCGUCCCAGGGAGAUGUGUGACCACUAUGGAAGGUGGUAAUGGUGACAGUUAUUUCCCAUUAAUGCAGGAAUCCUUGUACUCCUGA